UAAUUGAGCAGCAAAAUGCAAAUCCUUACGUUUAUUACCGUUUUUGGGGCGGUUUUGUGCGGUCAAAGCAGCGGAGAAGAAGCGAAAACGUUUCCUGGCGCGGAGAUAAUCAUCCCCGCCGUCAUAGGACAAGUUCUGCCGGGACUCAUCAGCGGGAUUGUGGGUGGAAUAGCAGGAGGCAUUGCACCGGCUAUUCCACAGAUUCCGCCGAUAUCGACGUCACAUUCGACCGUGCUGGUUACAUCGGUUGCCGAUAAGCCGGUGGCCGUGAGUUUCCACAGCCACAGCGGGACGAUCUCGACGAGCGCCUCCGGCCCCUCCACCAGUGCGGGCUCCCACGGAUCGGUCAGCAGCUCUUCGUUGGUGAGCGCAUCCAGCCAAGCCGGUUCGAAGCCGGCCAUCUUCGGGCUUUCCAAGCGGUGGCAAAAGUUCAUCAAAAGCAUUGGCUGAGACCCCGCUGUAUCCAAGUGAAAAUUGUGACGAAAAUAAAUUUGAUACGUUUUUUUUUCUUCGAGAAAUAUUCUUCGGAAAAGAAACUAAUUCUGUUGUGAAAUAAGAAUGAUUUAAUAAAUUUGUAUUG